UCCCCCCCCCGGGUUUUGAUGACGUAGUGCAUUGGUGGGGUCGGGGAGCGCGGGUUUUGAUGACGUAGUGCAUUGGUGGGGUCGGGGAGCGCGGGAUUUGAUGACGUAGUGUAUUGGUGGGGUCGGGGAGCGCGGGUUUUGAUGACGUGAGGGCGGCCCGGCUCCCGCCCGCCCGCCAGCUGUGGGACAGAGACAGACAGGGCGACGAUGCUGUCGGAGGUGCAGCCGUGUCUGCAGCUGCUGCGGAUCGGCCCCGGGCCCCAGCCCAGCCCCGGCCCCAGCCCCAGCCCCAGCGACCUCUACACCUUCCUGCCCCGCGGGCAACGCUGCACCUUCCGCCUGGGCCGACAGGCCGACCUCACCGACCUGCGCCUCAGCUCGGGCCGCGCCGACCAGCUCAUCUCCCGGGUACACGCUGAGCUGCAGGCCCACAGGAGCCCGGAGCCGGCCGGGGAAUGGACCGUGUACGUCGUGGACAGGAGCACCAACGGUACUUUUGUGAAUGAUGUCCGCAUACCCAAAGGAGAAAGGACGGAGGUGGCGGAUGGAGACACGGUGACCUUCGGCCACCCGGAUGCGGCGAACAUUCCGGAGGGUUGUGUGGCAAGUCAGCAGGACUCCGAGUUUUACUUCCUGUUCCAAAAGGUCCGGGUGCGUCCGGCGGACUUUGACGCCAUAACGCUCCCCAAGGUCCGGGAGCAGAGCGGAUUCCGGCCCGUCCGCUCCACGGACAAGUGCAUCUCUCCGCAGGGCGCCAGGAUCCGCAGCUUCACCGAGGCGCCAGCGGCCUCGCGGGCCACGCUGAUCCUCAACUCCAUCGGCAGCAUCAGUACGCUGAAGUCGCAGCUGCCCCCCUUCCAGUCCGAGUGGGGGGGCGGAGACGCGAGGGGGAUCCCGGGCAAGUUCCGACGCUUCUCCCUGGACGGGCGCCGCCCGAGCGACUCCGCGGCUGCCGUUGCUACCGUCCCUACCCCAACGCGGCCGGCAGCCAAACACAGGCGGAAGACGGUUCACACUGUCCUCCCCGACAUCGAACUGGAGGAGGAGAUACAGCGGUUUUCGGUGGAGGUUCAGCAAAGUGCCACCAGUCGCCGGCACUGUAAGUCCGAGUCUGACGUCGACCCUGAUCUCCUACGGCAAUUGACUCUGGGCGUUCGGGCACUGACGCCGCCCGGUCCAAAGCCAACGGUCAAGAAGCACAAACUGGAGCACAGUGCUCAUAUUCUCCGAAGCCCGACGGAUAAUGCCCACCUCACCCCCACUGGGAAGAAGCGGGGGAGACCACGGAAGCACCCUUUGGGCAACGUUCCCCUUGGCUCCAAGGUGACGUGUCAGGUCUUCAGCCGCACGCUGUACUCUGCCGAGCAAUGUGCCGCUGAGCAGUGCCAGCUGCCGCAGGAGGACACCCUGGAGUGGGUGCAGUGUGAUGACUGUGACGCUUGGUAUCACACGGAGUGUGUGGGUUGCAACUACUCUGCCAUGAAGGAGUCAUCGGCGGAGUUCCACUGCGGCUGCACGUAAUGGCCACCCGGCGUGCGCCAAAAGACAAAAUAUCCCCCACACCCACCCACUGCCCGCCCGCCGCCUCCCAGUCGUGCUUUGCCUUCAAGCUUUGUCAGCUCGAGUGAAAACGUCAGUGAUCUGCAAAGUCCCUUUAUCCAUCAUUUCCUUCCAGCGAACUCCACACUUUAAAAGGGCCCUCGCGCUUAAACUGGAGACGUGCUGGCCACAUUGCGGGCACUGACAGCGGAACCCGACGAGCAAAUUGAAACAAAAAGGCACCAAGUGCUGGAAUAACUCGGCUGGGUCGGGCAGCAUCCCCGGAGAACAUGGGCGGACCGGUGCUUUUUUGAGUCGAACCUUCCUGGGACUGAAAUGUUGCAAUUUUGGUUGGUUUUCUCCAAAGGGGGACUCUACUACAUUUGCCUCUGUGGUUGUAUCCACCCAGACGAAGCCUGUAUGGCAACCCUCAGACAUCAGCACGGUCUUCAAACUUUGAAAAAUGACUGUGAAGAUCUGAGGAAUUUAAUUUCUUUGGCUGAAUCGGGCUAGAUCAAAUUGCCCGCAACUUUCUUAAUUCCGUUUACCAAAACUUUUUUCAUGCCACAAGAUUAACGUUCUGAACACAUCUUUAAACAGAAAGAGGGAGCAAGCGUUACUUUUGCUGAAUUCGGGCCAUUAUGGACUAAAGGGCCUGUCCCACUUGGCUGUCUUUCGCAUGCCAUUUAAGCGACCUGCUAGCGUGUGGGUAGUGCGGUGGCGGGCGCAUGGAGUGGCGUGGAGGAGUGUGUACUUCGUCCUGCACUAAAUCUUCGCCCGCCAACGGCCUGUCGCGUAACUGACGGCCAAAGUGGGACAGCCCAAGACCCUGGCCGACGCAACGUCUCACCUCCAACAGCAGCAGAAGCAGGCAUACGAUCGCCGAGCUCGGCCUGAGGCUCACGGCCGUUGCUGAUCCGGAUCAGCUCCUACUCCCAGAGCGGGGCAAAGAAAAUUGAAAAUAGACACAAAAUGCAGGAGUAAAUCAGCGGGGCCGGCAGCAUCUCUGGAGAGAAGCAAUGGGUGACGUUUCGGGUUAAGCCCCUUCUUUCCGACUGAAGAAGAGUCUCGACCCGAAACAUCAUCCAUUCCUUCUUUCCAGAGAUGUUGCCGGUCGCGCUGAGUUACUCCUGCAUUUUGUGUCUAUCUUCAAAUGACGUCAUGCGCUCCAGACGGCUGUGCGGACGCAUGAUGAUGCGCGCGACUCUCACGGGACCGUCUCACUACCGGCCUGUCGCGUAAAUGACGGCCCAAGUGGGACAGCCCCUUAAUUGUUUCCUUAAAGGGACAGAACCAUGGAUGUUGCAUUAAUCUGGCUGCAAUCUGACAACUUAGCUAAUUGCAAUAGCCUUUGCUAUUCAUCUACGUCUUCAUAGGUGACAGGCGAAGAAUUAGGCCAUUCGGCCCAUCGUCCAUUCCUAUUCAAUCAUUGCUGAUCUAUCUCUCAUUCCUAACCCUGUUACAUAGAAACAUAGAAAAUAGGUGCAGGAGGAGGCCAUUCGGCCCUUCGAGCCAGCACCGCCAUUCAUUGUGAUCAUGGCUGAUCGUCCCCAAUCAACAACCCGUGCCUGCCUUCUCCCCAUAUCCCUUGAUUCCACUAGCCUCUAGAGCUCUAUCUAACUCUCUCUUAAAUCCAUCCAGGGAUUUGGCCUCCACUGCCCUCUGUGGCAGGGAAUUCCACAAAUUCACAACUCUCUGGGUGAAAUAGUUUUUUCUCACCUCAGUCUUAAAUGGCCUCCCCUUUAUUCUAAGACUGUGGCCCCUGGUUCUGGACUCGCCCAAUAUUGGGAACAUUCUUCCUGCAUCUAGCUUGUCCAGUCCUUUUAUAAUUUUAUAUGUUUCUAUAAGACCCUCCUGCCUUCUCCCCAGAACACCUGACACUCGUACUAAUCAAGAAUCUAUCUAUCUCUGCCGUUAAAAUAUCAAUUGAUUUGGCCUCCACAGCUGUCUGUGGCAAUGAAUUCCACUUGUUGUUUAUCAUGAAGGGGUGAAAAUCCAUUUGGUUUCGUAUUUGCCGAUUGCCUGGUACGUUUAUGUCAGUUGUCUGGUAGGUUUAUGUGAAGACUGGAUCCAAACACUGCUAGCAUGUGCUGCAAAUGUUGCCAGUGCCGAUAUGCAUGGGCAGCUUGGCUCUUGGGUAAAGCCAUGCCUGAUGGCAAUUGGUGCUUGACAGGAUCCGGUGAUUCCUGGUCGGGCAGCGUCUCUGGUGGAUGUGGACAGUCAAUGUUCUGUGUUGCACCAUCUCUAGCACUUUGUGUUCAACGGGAAGAUUCCAGCAUCCUUGGUUUGUUUGUUUUUUUGUUUUAGUCAGGAUUUGAUGGUUGCAACAUCAACCUACUACUCAGUCUUGUGGGAGGAGAUUGCCUUAAAUGCUGGAAGAUAGACACAAAAGGCUAGGAGUAACUCGGCGAGACAGGCAGCAUCUCUGGAGAGAAGGAAUGGGUGACGUUUUGGGUCGAGGCCCUUCAGACAAUGCAAAAUUUGCCUGGUUAGAGUUGGAUAUUCAGGAGGUGGGCAGGAAGGCAAAGGGUCAGUCUGAGGAAGGGUCUCGACCCGAAACGUCACCCAUUCCUUCUCGCCAGAGAUGCUGCCUAUCCCGCUGAGUUACUCCAGCAUUUGAUGUCUAUCUUCGAUGUAAACCAGCAUCUGCAUGUCCGUCCUGCACAAAGGAUCAGUUGUUUAAGAAGGAACUGCAGAUGUUGGAAUAAUCGAAGGUAGACAAAAAAAAAAUUUGGAGAGUGGAGGAGAACUUCUUCAAAGGAUCGGUUGAUUGUUUUAACUGAUUCAAGAAACCGAUUUAGUUUCUUGCAUCAUUUCCGUAGAUGUCAGCGAUUCUUUUUGCUGCUGAGCUCCCUGCCGCAUGAAGAUACAAAUUGUAUUUAUGUUAUACAGUUUCUCAUCCAUCUUUGGAUAGCAAAAUGGGCAGUCGCUUGCAGGGAAUUACGUUCAUAUACAGUUGUCAACCAAUUUUUUGCAUUUGCUUCUCGACUGUGCUCGGGUUUGUUUGAUCAUGUAAAGCCAAUAGGCAAUAGGUGGUCUUCCUCUAGUACGUCUUUGAGGAAGGACAUCCCAAGCAUGUACGGGUUUGUUGGUGAAGUGCAUUUAGUAAAAUGCCCCUAGUGUGUAGGGAGUGGAUGAGAAAGUGUGAGUGGGUGAUCGAUGAUGGGAGUGCACUAAUUGGACCGAAGGACCUGUUUCAUUUGCUGUAGACAAUAGACUAUAGGUGCAGGAGUAGGCCAUUCGGCCCUUCGAGCCAGCUGUGAUUCCCAAUCAGUACCCCUAUCCUGCCUUCUUCCCAUAUAUCUUUAUCAGCUCUAUCUGUUGUGUAUUUGGGUGCUUGGAACAGACUUAAAAUAACACUCGGACAUGGGAGUACACUAACAAGCUUCUUUAUUCCACGACGCCACCUUCAGUCUUGCACAAGACAUCACAUAUGCUAAUUAUAUCACAUACCUAACACUCCUCCCCCUUUAACUUGGAGGCAGGUAACACCAUUUCUAUUACAUGCACCACACUCCUCCCCUUUAAACUCAAUUUCACCUGCACGGUAUAUGCUCUUUACUUAACAUAUCAUUGAUUAAUACACUUGCACAAUUGUAUUAUUACAGUCAUCUUACAAUACAUCCUCAUAACUGUAAUAAUCCUAUCUAAACCAGCACAUUUGUACUCCUCCACCAGGCUUGAGACUGGCAAUGAGAGGGCUCCAUUCUUAUACAAUACAAUACAAUUUACUUGUCACUUGAACCUCAUAGAGGCUCAAAUGAAAUGUUGUUUCUGCAGUCAUACACACAAGAAAAAAAGACCCAAGACACAACACAAUUUACACAGACAUCCAUCACAGCGCAUCUCCUCCUCGCUGUGAUGGAAGGCAAAAAAACGUAUCUCUCCCCUGCACUCCCCAUUCCCCUCCCGAUGUCGGAGUCAAAGCCCCCCGGCGGGCGAUGGCAAUUGUCCCACGGCCAUUAACGCCGGGUCUUGUUGUUAGAGCCCCCGGAGGGCGCUAGCAAAGUC